AUGGAGAAGGCAGGUGUCUCCUCGAGCUCUGCAUCCGCCGAAUCAGCAAAGAUCUCGAACAAAACCGACGGCAAGACGACGACAGGUUUCGGGGGAUUUCUGAGAGUCUUCAAGUAUGGAGAACCGAUCGACUAUGCCCUCGAGGCAGUCGGCAUUCUUGCUGCCAUCGCCUCUGGCGUGGCCCUGGCGAUGAUGAACCUGAUUAUUGGUGGUAUGAUGAACCUGAUGAGCGACUUCUCAUCCAUCACGGCAGACCCUGAUAAGUUCAUGGCCAAAGUCAGCAAGAACGCACUCUAUUUCGUUUACAUUGGCAUCGCCCGAUUCGCCACGACUUACGUCUACUCCGCACUCUUCACCUACGUCGCCUUCAAGCUUACCCGCAACGUUCGACGAACCUACCUCCAGGCCGCCUUGAGCCAAGAAAUCAGCUUCUUCGAUCACGGAACUGCUGGCUCUAUUGCGAUGCAAGCCACUACGAACGGCAAACUGAUUCAAUCCGGAAUCGCUGAGAAGCUCGGCCUUUUCUUCUCCUCCAUCUCCACAUUCGUCGCCGCCUUCAUCAUUGCUUUCGUCAGCCAGUGGAAGCUGACUCUAAUCAUCAGCUGUAUUGUGCCGGCGAUUAUUGUGGUCAGCGGAGGAAUGGCAGCUCUCGACUCAGGGCUCGAGACUAAGAUCCUCCAGAUCAACGCAGAGGCAGGAACCUAUGCCGAAAGCGCUCUUGGAAGCAUCCGCGCUAUCAAAGCUUUCAGCCUUGAAUCCCGCAUCAUGCACAAGUACAGCUCCUACCUUGGCAACUCUCGUGCCAUUGGGGCGAAGAAAAGUCCCAUCUACGGUGUCAUGUUCGGCUGGCAGUACUUCAUCGUUUACGCAGGCAUGGCCUUGGCGUUUUGGCAAGGAAUUGCCAUGAUAGCCCGCAAGGAGGUGGACGGUGUUGGCACAGUAUUCACAGUUCUCUUCUCGGUCAUUAUCGCCUCAACAUCCAUCAACGGUAUCGCUCCUCACAUAAUGGCGUUCAGUCGCGCGGCAACCUCUGCUUCCGAACUUUUCGCCUUGAUCGACAGGCACUCCGAGAUCAACCCCUUCGACGAAACCGGCAAGGUCCCUGACACCGUAUCCGGCCACAUCGACAUUCGAGGGCUUACCUUCAGCUAUCCUACACGACCCGACACUCGAGUUCUGCAAGAUUACUCUCUCAGCAUUCCCGCUGGCAAGGUCACAGCUCUCGUGGGAACCAGUGGCUCUGGUAAAAGCACCAUUAUCGGCCUCCUGGAGAGAUGGUAUGACCCCGCCUCCGGUUCUAUUCACCUCAAUGGAACCAAUAUCCGUGACUUGAGUCUCGGCUGGCUACGCACCACUAUGAGACUAGUUCAACAGGAACCUGUUCUCUUCAACGGCACGGUCUUUGAGAACAUUAUCAAUGGUCUAGUUGGAACUCCUUGUGAGACGGCUUCGAAAGAAGACCAGAUGGAGCGCGUGAGACAAGCUGCUAAGAUUGCGUUCGCUGAUGAGUUCAUCACCAACCUCACCGAAGGCUACGACACACGCAUCGGCGAGCGAGGUGGGUUAUUGUCUGGCGGCCAAAAGCAACGCAUUGCUAUCGCUCGAAGUGUCAUCUCUGAGCCAAAGAUUCUUCUGCUCGACGAAGCGACGAGUGCCCUGGACCCUCACGCCGAAGGCAUUGUACAACAAGCCCUAGACAGCGCUUCGAAAGACCGGACGACAGUGGUCAUUGCCCACAAGCUUGCCACAAUUCGCAACGCAGACAACAUCGUGGUCAUGUCCAAAGGAAGAAUUGUUGAGCAAGGAAAGCAUGAUGAGUUGGUAGCACUCAAUGGAACCUACGCGAAGCUGGUCAAGGCUCAAGACCUGUCCAUCAAGGAGAAGAGCAGCCAUGAUAACAGCUCUGAGGACGACUCGACCGAGGCGGCUGAGCCUGUUCAAUCGCUCGCCAAGUACGACACCGAAGUCGCCCAGCGUCUCACUUCGUUCAAGAACAUGGAAGACUUCAAACUCUACAAGCAGACUGGAUUGGUCCACACAAUCGGUAAACUGAUUCGUUCAACCCCGGAGCUUAGGAUGUGGUACGGAACGGUUUUCAUCGUGUGUAUACUGGGAGCUGCUGUUUACCCUGGACAGACGCUUCUGUUGUCCAAGGUCAUGGAUGUCUUCUCGUCGCCGGAUAUGGUCAAGAGCGGUGAAUUUGUUGCCUUGAUGUACUUCGUCAUGUCAAUCGGCACCAUCAUUGUGUAUUUCAUCAUGGGAUGGGCGACGAACAUUAUUGCUCAGAAAGUCCGCAAAGGUCUCCUGGGCGGUAUGCUCAAGCAAGAUCUUCGCUUUUUCGACAGAGCAGAGAACACGGUCGGCGCGCUCAACAGUCGCAUCGACUCAAUGGCCCAAGCUGUGCUCGAACUGAUGGGCUUCAAUGUCGCCCUCGUCUUUCUUUCCUUUUUCAACGUGGUCGCUAGCAGCAUCCUUGCUAUCGCAAUCUCCUGGAAGCUCGGCCUUGUCGGUGUCUUCGCCGGUAUGCCUCCGCUGCUUGGUGCAGGCUUUGCUCGUAUCCGCAUCGAGACAAAGCUAGACUCCAAGGUGGACGAGAGGUUUUCGAAGAGUGCCUCUCUAGCAUCCGAAACUGUCAAUGCAAUCCGAACGGUCUCAUCGCUAGCGAUAGAGAAAAGUGUCAUCAGGAGAUACACCGGCGAGCUGGACAACGCCAUCUCCAGCUCGACCAUGCCUCUCUUCAACAUGAUGAUCUGGUUCGCCCUUACUCAAUCCAUUGAGUUUUUUAUCCUGGCGCUUGGCUUUUGGUGGGGAUCUAAACUCGUUUCUCAGGGAGAGGUCUCAUUCUCUCAAUUCAUUGUUUCCUUCAUGGGUGUCUUCUUUUCAGGACAAGCCGCAGGCAUGAUCUUCAGCUUUUCCAGCAGCUUCACCAAAGCAAACGCUGCUGCAAACUACUACUUCUGGCUCACGAGUCUCGAGCCAACGAUCCAGGACACAGAUGACAACCAGGAGAAGGGCCCAUCGAAUGGCUAUAGCUCCAUUGACUUUGAAAACGUCCAGUUUUCAUACCCCUUGGCCCCAGACAGCCGCGUUCUCAAGGGUGUUUCUCUCACAAUCGAUCGCGGCCAAUUUGUGGCAUUUGUGGGUGCUUCCGGUUGCGGCAAAAGUACAAUGAUCUCACUACUCGAACGCUUCUAUGACCCAACCAGCGGGGCCAUCACCAUCGACAACUCCGCUCCCCUCACGGCCAUCUCUCCUCGCCUCUAUCGCAACAAACUCGCUUUAGUCCAACAAGAACCCACCCUCUUCCCCGGCAGCAUUCGGGAGAACAUCGCAGCCGGAAUCGAUAUUGGUCCUGAAGAGCAAGUCGACGAUGCCGUAAUUGAAGAAGCAUGUCGGGCUGCCAACGCAUGGGACUUUGUGAGCUCUCUUCCCGAGGGUCUCGACACGCCGUGUGGUCAAGGAGGCAACCAGAUUUCAGGAGGACAGAGACAACGCAUCGCUAUCGCUAGAGCGCUGGUCAGGAAUCCCAGCGUCAUUCUACUGGAUGAAGCCACCAGUGCCUUGGAUACGGAGUCGGAGAAGGUGGUUCAAAAGGCUCUGAUGGAGGCAGCCGCAACGGGGGAUCGCAUCACCAUCGCGGUGGCGCACCGCCUCUCGACGGUCCGUGAUGCCGACCGGAUUUGCGUCUUCUACGGCGGGCGCAUUGUGGAAUCGGGUACCCAUGAUGAACUGAUUGAGCAGGGAGGCAUGUACAAAAAGAUGUGUGAGGCCCAGAGUCUGGAUAGAGCGGCUUAG